CUACAUCUGCCUUCUCUUUCCGAAUCCUCAAGUCGGCCUGAAGGGAAAUCUGACAAGAUGCGUGAGUGUAUCUCUAUGCAUGUUGGCCAAGCUGGGGCCCAAAUGGGAAAUGCAUGCUGGGAGCUUUACUGUCUGGAGCACGGUAUUCAGCCAGAUGGACAGAUGCCCAGUGAUAAGACAAUAGGAGGAGGAGACGAUUCCUUCAACACCUUCUUCAGUGAGACUGGAGCAGGGAAACAUGUUCCACGUGCCAUCUUUGUUGAUCUAGAACCCACUGUGAUUGAUGAGGUGCGCACAGGCAUAUAUCGCCAGCUGUUCCUUAAAUCGUCCUCCUCCCAUUUUCACCUCAAAAUUAUUGGGAAGCUAUGCCUCCCCUGA